AGGAAGCGGUCCGCGAGGUGAAGGGUGAGAGGUGAGCAGCGGCGGCCGGGAGGGAAGGAGUCUGACAUGGAGGAGGUGAAAAAUGGACAUCCGCCAGAAGAAUUGCUUGAUCACUUAAAGCUUUCUGAUGAGAAGUCAGCAGAGAGCACCGGCUCAUGGGCAUCUGGCCCCAAAGAUGCCCAGAAUCCUCCAAACAUGGAAAGUGGCGAUAUGCCAUCUUCAGCCAAAGAUCCCAUCACAGCAGAUGAGUGUUUCCAUGACUGUCGUGACUCCUUUGAGAUGAAAGAGCCUGUACUGGAUGAUGAGGGAAAUUCACAGAAUGAUGAGAAUAACACAAGGAAGCAGGCAGAACUGGAUGAGGAGUACUUAAUAGAACUGGAAAAAGAUAUGCCAGAGGAAGAAAAACAGAAAAGAAGAAAGGAAAGCACAACGCUAAAGGAGAAAGGAAAUGAACAGUUCAAGAAAGGAGAGUACAGAGAGGCAGAAGACUCUUACACAAAGGCUCUGCAAAUUUGUCCAGCCUGCUUCCAAAAAGAUAGGGCUGUUUUGUUUUCAAACAGAGCUGCUGCAAAAAUGAAACAGGACAAGACAGAAGCUGCCCUAAAUGACUGCAGCAAAGCAGUGGAAUUAGAUCCUAACUAUAUUAGAGCUUUGCUGAGAAGAGCAGAACUAUAUGAAAAAACAGAAAAACUAGAUGAAGCUCUGGAAGAUUAUAAAGCAAUCCUAGAAAAAGACCCAUCAGUUCAUCAAGCCAGAGAAGCUUGUAUGCGAUUACCUAGACAAAUUGAAGAGCGGAAUGAAAAAUUAAAGAAAGAAAUGUUAGGCAAACUGAAAGAUCUUGGGAAUUUGGUUCUCCGCCCCUUUGGCCUGUCAACAGAAAAUUUCCAGAUAAAACAGGAUUCAUCAACUGGCUCAUAUUCCAUCAAUUUUGUUCAAAAUCCAAACAACAAUAGAUAACAUGAAUUCAGCUUAGUUCUGCUGGCUUUCAGGCUUUGUGACCAUGUGCUUGCAUGUACCAACACAAGGAUUCAGCAAACAUUCUUCACUCUGUCCAAGUGAAGAUAGACUCAAGCACAUUCAUUUCCCUGCUUAUAAAUUAUUUACAAUGUGGAUGUAAAGAAAGUCAUUUGACUUCUUUUAGUGAUAACUCUGUCCUGUGUGUGAUUCUCCACUUGCAGUAUUUGGCUUGUCCACCAGUCAGGUACAUUAUUUGGGCCCAUUCAAUGCUGGCAAGAAAAUUCUAGCAAACAGUUCAGUUGAAUCAAAAUGCCCGUGCACCUGUGGCCAAGAACAAAGCCAGAUGGUGUCUUGGGGAAUUAAUGAGUCUAGCAGAAGCACUUCACCACAUUCGGGAGGUGGAUGUGACUGACAGCAUGCGUGGAAGCAAGCCGACCUCCUCUGUGGAAUAAUUUUUCUUGGUAAUAAAGGCUUAGUAUUUCUGUUGGAUUGAAUGUGAA